UACUACUAUUAAAGUGCCGCUUGUGUUUCUCCCCAUACAUCAUCCUGACCGUUAAAAAUUUUAAUGUUUAUAUCUAUCGUCCAAUUUCUUAAAGCUUUAUCCUCAUCUGUUUGCGAAUCAAAAUCCGUCUACUCUUUCAAUGCAUCCCUCCUCAUUUCUGUUCGCAACCCUGCACUCUUCAUUCUUAUCAAAGCAUCCCUACACGAAACGAAAUUUUCUUUCGCAUUAUUAGGUAAUAUAUAAUGAAACCUCUCCCGCUACUCUCACUCUCCGGCGCUCUUCCCUCUCGUUCGCAAGCCCUAGACAGAAUGAACCUGCGCUCUUCUUCCUUUCGUUCGCACAAACCAGAUGGAAUGAAGCCCUCCUACUGCCCUAGGCGCACGAUCACUGCCACCGACCCUCUCUUACGCACAGAUUGGAUUCGCAUGCUUCGCUUGAGGAAGAGUUUUGAAAGAGUUGAUCCAAAUUUAUUUGGUGAGAAUUUAUUGAAUCAUGCUUUGAACAUGGCAAACAAAGAUAGAGAUGCCAAGAAGAAAAGGAUGAAUCAAAUUUCCAUAUUUUCAAAGUGUCGUUUUAGGUGCAUUGGAUGUUCGUGGCUACAAGUUUAAUAAGUUUUCUCUGUAGCAUUUGUCAAGCAAAGGUGUGUUCUUUGUUUUUAAGCAAAGGCAUGUUCUCCGUUUUUCUUGGCAAUGAUCAAACUGAUCAAGAUGCUUUCAAGUUUUGUUUUUAUAUAUAACUAUAAGGAAUUGCUUAAUCUUAUAUUAUUUAAUUCGAUGCAUUCAUGCUUUUCAUUUGAAUGAGAAACUUCAAAACUGUUAUGAUAGUUCAUGUGUACAAAAUAAUAUGCAGCUGGAAAAAUUAAUGUGUGAUGAUUAUUGCUAAUAAUUUCAUUUUUUUCAUUAUUUUAAU